UUGUUGAAAACCGGAUAAAUAUUAGCAGUAGAUAGUCGUUUUUUGGUCCUAUUUCGAUCAUUAGAUGGACCAAAAUAGUCGAGCUAUCGAAAUGCGUUUAAGAGUAAAUCUCAAUAAAGUGUAAAAAUCGUAGAAAGAGGCGAUAAGAUUACUGCCUAAAAUGAUAAAAAAAUAAAAUUCACGUAUAGUUGGCGCUACAUUCUAUGUAAUAAGCGUAUACUUUCCAGAAAACAAGUGUGCAUAGAAUGCAGCGCCAACUAUAUGUGAAUUUUAUUUUUUAUCGUUUUAGGCAAUAAAUCUAUGGUUUUCUUAUGGCUUCUUUGUGGGAAUCUGGGAAUGGUCAACUCUAACCAUUUUGAGGAUUUUCCCAUUACAAUACUUUUCCAAUAUGUGCGCGUGGAAGAGUAAAAAGUCAUAGACAUAGUAAAUGUAUGAAUGGCCAGAAGAGCGUGCGUAGCGAGUGGAGGCCCGCUAGUGAUAUCACAAUGUUGUCAAAAAUUGAUAAUUUUACAAUUUUCCAAAACAAAGUUGUGACGAAUUUAAAACACCAUUCCAAAAUUAGCUUAAGUGCAAGCAAACCAGAAAAACGUUUGUAUUAAAUUAAUUUUGAUUGGUUCAUUUGUUGUUGAUUGUCAAUGAUUGACAACGCUGUAUGUUCGAUUUUUUUUCUCCAGCGCAGCUAUAUGUAAAAUAUUGUAAAUAUUUUUAAAGUGUUUGUGUCGUAAAUUGCAAAGUAAUCAAUACUAAUUUAUAAAUCAGUGCAAAAAAAUCAAUUCAUUAAACACGUUUUUAUUUGUGUUAAAUUAAUGAGCUGAUCCUCUGUUACAUUAAUGAAUUAUUAUAUAUUUUUCGCAACUGAAAGAAUACGUUGGCGCAAAAUAGAGAUGCAAUUUGAUCCAGGAUUAGGACUUGUCCAAUGUUCUUCAGUCAGAUAGAAAUGUGGCGUUACUUUAUAUAAUAACACUUAACGGGGCACUUCAAAACUGUUAAACAGUUGUGAAAUGUUAACUUUUGAAUUUUCGGCGCCACUUUUGUAACCAUUUUUCACGCUUUAAAAUUUGCAGAUGAUGAGCGUAUCGGAUAUUAAAAUUUACUGUCAGUUGUGAAACAAAACUUGUUCGUUCUGGGAGGAAAAACGAACCAAAUACAUUUCGCACAUCGAUUCAAACCGGUAAUUGGAUUUGUUUGUGGUGGGCUCAAUAAAUGUGGCAGCAUCAUCAAUAAAAAUGCUAGAAAAUUGGCAAAAAGUGUCCUUUCUACUGUGUGUAUUCGGCUUUCUGCGUGAGAUGCGACCAUCAGAGCCAUUUGCCGUCGAGUUUUUCAUCAAUUACCGAAACAUCACCAACGAUGAAUUGACAAAUUACUAUUUUCCAUUGGGCACCUACUCGUACAUGAUUCAGUUAGUUGUCAUUUUCUUAAUUACCGACAUAAUGAGAUACAAGCCGAUUAUAGUGUUCUCUGCAUUUAUUGGAAUGCUGUUGUUUGGCUUGAUGUCGUGGACAACAUCAAAAGAGGCUAUUUUAUUCGUACAAAUGGCCUUCGGAACGUUUAUGGCAUGCGAAAUAGCCUAUUAUACAUAUAUUUAUGCAAAAGUAGAACGCAGCAAAUACCAAUUAGUGACAGGACACACACGAUCUGCAAUAUUGGCCGGUCGAUUUGUUGGUGCUGCAUUCGCACAAUUGAUCGUAUCCUUUGGUUUGAUGAAUUACAAGGAAUUAAAUUAUAUUUCAUUUGGAUCUCAAUGUUUUUCGCUGAUUAUUGCGCUUCUGUUGCCAUCGGUGAGUGUCAGUUUGUAUUUCUAUUCGAAUUCAAAUGGAAAUGAAAAUGGAAAUGAAAAUGAAAGUGGUAAUUGCCACGUAAACCAUGCACAUUCCAAUGGCAGUAUGGAUGAAAUGCAUGUAAGAAAAGUGUCAGCGACCAAUGACUGUGAUUUGAGCAACAUUGAAAAAUCAAAUUCCAAGCAGAAUGUCGGCGAACACGGAAUGCCAACAUUUUCAUUGUCGCAUGCAAUUCAACGAAUCGGUAACCACAUAAAAACAUCGUACUCAAAUGUGACCGUGAUUCAAUGGAGCAUUUUGUGGUCGAUGUCAAUGUGUGGAUUUUUGCAAGUUCAAUCAUACAUUCAACCGUUGUGGAAAGAAAUCGAUCCACACGAAACGGUCUUAUACAAUGGAGCUGUUGAAGCAUUAAUCACACUUUUGGGAGCUAUCAGUGCAUACGCGGCCGGUUUCUUGAAUAGCAAAAGUUUCAAUCGUUAUGAAAUUUGGAUUUUAACUAUUUUAAUGCUGGUUGAAGGUGGUCUUCUUCUAUGGGGCUCACUUACGACAUCUUUAUGGUGUUGUUACAUUUCCUACGUGAUUUUUGGCAUGAUUUACCAUUUUAUGAUCACAGUUGCAAGCGCAUCUGUUGCGAAGAAGUUGCAUGAAGAAUGUUUCGCUUUGAUCUUUGGCAUCAAUACCUUAUGCGCACUGAUUUUACAAUCAUUUCUAACCUUUGUUGUGAUCACAAAGUACAAUUUACUAUUGCGAACUCAAUACCAACUUUAUUCGUAUUUAUUCUUUGUGCUGGCAUUGAUUUAUAGUGUGAUUGGUGUUGCCAAAAUGUUUGUCCAACGAAGAAAACUCUAUGAAGUCAAGGGUUAGCGCUUAGCGCAUUAUCAAAACCAUUUUCUACAACAUCUAUUUCGAAUUGAUCGAUCAACAUUGAUUUGAGUUAACCUAAUCAGUUUGAUUGUAAAUGGUACAAAACGUCAUAAAAGACAAAUCAAAAUGCAUAUUCGAUAAGUACAAAUCAUUUUGCUAUGUAUAUACAAAAAGUAUAUUAUACUAUUAGUAUACGAUAUAGUUUUUCUUUUUGUUUUCUGUAAAAAAUAAAAGAAUAGUGACGAGAAAAUCUCAUGAGCGACUUAAAUAAAACAACAAUGGAAAUUGACAUGAAAA